AUGCAGGACCGUAAGGUGAUUGCUUAUGCAUCACGACAAUUAAGAGUACAUGAAGUUAAUUAUCCUACUCAUCAUCUGGAGAUCUACACUGAUCAUCAAAGUCUGAAGUAUCUCUACACUCAGCCCGAUUUAAACAUGCAACAACGUCGGUGGCUAGAGUUGAUGACAGAUUAUGAUUUGGAGUUCAUAUAUCAUGAGGGACGAGCAAAUUUAGUAGCCGAUGCGUUGAGUAGGAAGUCGAAUCACUCAUUGUCUGCCUUGGACGGAGUUGAAGAGUUGCAUCGGGAUUUUGCGAGGUUGAACUUGGAAGUGGAUAAAGACCCGAAACUGUUGAAGUUGAAGGAACAAGCUCGGGAAGGAAAAGCGGAGGGAUUCUUUGUUCAUGAAGAUGGGAGCUUGAAGUUCAAUGGUCGUUGGUGUUUGCCGACAGGGGAAGAAUCUUUGAAGGAACUUAUCUUGGAUGAGGCCCAUUGUACGAAAUUUUCAGUCCAUCCGAGCGGUGAUAAAAUGUAUCAAGACCUUAAGCUAAUCAUUUGA